AUGGCUACGGUUGCCAAACCAGCGAGUCUCAACAAGAAGCCCGGGUUUCCUGCAAAGGUCUCUACAGGUCUGAAUGUCCGUGAUAACCGUGGUACGGAGUUCGUGGUGGUGUUUACGGAGAACAUGCUUCGUCAGCAGCACCCGCCUAAACUGUUCAUCACCGGCACCGUGAGCCACGACACCGCUGUGACUGUGGAGGCGCCGUUCAAGGCCUUCUCACAGUCUCUCACUGUCAAGUUCGGACAGGUGUCGAUAGUGGAGAUCCCUCGUGAGAUCGAGCUCCGCGGCACGACCAGGGCGUCUAAGGCUAUCCGCAUCACUUCUGACGCCGAGAUCGUGGUUUACGGAGUGUUCACGGAGCAGGCCUCCUCAGACGCCUUCCUCGCGUUGCCCGUCGAUGUUCUCGGUAACGAGUACUACACAGCUGGAUACCACCCAAGGAGCGAGCCGGCAGAGUUUGCUGUGGUGGGUAUAGAGGACGGGACGACCGUGACCAUCACAACAACCCAGAAGGUCAAGGGCAACAUUGACGGGCAGAAGUUCGACCGAGGGACCACCAGGAGCCUAACUCUCAACAGGAUGGAGGCUAUCCAGCUGCAGAGUGACCAGGACCUGACCGGAUCCCACAUCACGUCAGACAAGCCCGUGGCCGUCUUCAGCGGGAACAAAUUCACAAACAUUCCACAGAUCAGCGGGACAGGUGACCACCUUGUUGAGCAGAUUCCUCCCGUGAACACCUGGGGUAAGCGGUUCGUCACGGUGCCGCUGGAGGGCAGGACAGGCGGGGACAUCUUCCGCAUCGUCGCCGCUAAGGACAACACACAGGUCCAGUUCAGCGGCAGCCAAAGUCGCACCCUACAAGCCGGGGAAUUCUGGGAGCUGGACAUCCCAUCAGACGAGUAUCACGUGAUCGAAGGCUCUGAACCAAUCAUGGUGCUCCAGUUCAGCAAGACGGGGCGCAACGUUGACCGCACGGACACUGACCCCUUCAUGAUGUAUCUCCCGCCUGUCGAGCAGUUUGCCGCAGAUUACGCUUUUUCCACUGCUGACCUCAUUUCCGGAACAACCAAGAACUACGUCAGCAUCGUGCUAAGGACAGACGAGCUGGACGGGCUGCUAUUGGACGGAGGAAAACUCCCAGAAUCCACCACGUGGCACCCCAUCCCGGACACGGACCUGUCUGCUACUGGGCUGAUGGUCGCUCCCGGUACCCACACUCUCAAGCAUACCUCACCUAUCGUCACAUUUUCAGCCUUCAUGUACGGGUUCUCGUACCCGGAGUCCUACGGCUACCCCGGCGGUCUGCGAUUGGCUAAGAUCGCAGCUCCGUGUCAGGUGACCCAGCCGACGCCGGCUGACGGUGAGGAUAACGACUGUGAUGGGCGGAUUGAUGAGGAGCUGCCUAAUGGGAUAGAUGACGAUGGAGACGGUCGCAUUGAUGAGGACCUGGCAGCUGAUCCGUGCGCAGGAGACCCAUGUAAAAACGGUGGACUGUGCGUGGUGGACGGGAACCACUUCCGAUGCGAGUGUCAGCCUGGGUGGCAGGGGCCGAGCUGCAUAGACGUUGCCCCAUUCGAGGAUAUCUGUCUGGGGACCACAGCCUGUGCCCGAUCAGCUGGGGCGUCUUGUCGUGCCUGGGGAGACCCGCACUACAUCUCGUUUGACGGGACGAGGACAGACUUCAUGGGGACCUGCACCUACACACUGGCGGAGCGGACUGAGGAGCCGGCCUUCAGGGUUGCGGCAAAGAACGAGCACAGGAACGGUCGGAACCACGUGUCGUAUGUAGGCAGGGUGACUGUGGAGGUGUACGGACAGAAGAUCACCGUGUCAAGGAACAACCGGGUCGCGAUCAACGACAUCCCAGUGGCCCUCCCAGCAUGCAUCGGGAGCAAGGCCGGAGUGCGCAUGAGCGGAAGGGACGUCAUCAUCUACACGGACUUCUGCCUCCGGGUCACGUACGACGGGAACCACGAGGUCAACCUGGAAGUGCCGAACCACCUGAUUGACCAAUCACGAGGCAUGUGCGGCAACUUCAAUGGGGACCGCUCGGAUGAUCGACAGCUGCCGGACGGUAACCUAGCAACGAGCCAGGCAACGUUUGGAGACAGCUGGAAAGUGGGAGACAUCAUAGACGCAAGUUGCCCUGCUGAAGACACCCCGGAGAUAACCUUCGACCUAUCGCAAGUCGACGCCGGCCUGUUGCAGACAGUGGAGAGCACCGACCAGUGUGGAAUGAUGCUGGACCCUAGCGGACCUUUCGGGAACUGCCACGAGAUGGUCGACCCCAAAGACUACUACGACGCAUGCGUGUUUGACAUGGCCUCCCACGAGGGGACCCUUCCCGAGCUGCUUUGCGAGAACAUCCAGGCGUACUCCGACGCAUGCGUGGAUGAGGGGGUGCCUCAGCCGAGCUGGAGGACUGACUCCUUCUGUCCGAUGCGAUGCCCUCCGAUGUCCGAGUACGCGCCCUGCGUGAGCGCCUGCCCGGCCACCUGUGCGGACCUGCAGGCGGAAGAGAAGUGCAGCCCGGCCGAGCCGUGUGUGGAGGGCUGCCGGUGUCUGGACGGGUUCGUCCUGAGUGGGGAGAUCUGUGUGCCAGCCGAGCAGUGCGGGUGCUGGACGAACGGCAGGUACCACAGGCUGAACGACGAGUGGUCCGAAGGAGACCAGCAGUGUACGUGUGAACAGCCCGGAGACAUCAGGUGUGUGCAGGCCGCCUGCCCGCCGGGGUCUCAUUGGAAACUGGACGAGGGAUGCCAGCCGGAUGCCCCAUUGAUGGCUGACGACCCUGGCGCAAGCCAAGGGGUGACGGAGACCAACGAAUGUCUGGGAACACUUUUCUGUCCCUCAGAAUCCAGCAACUGCACGGCAUGGGGAGAUCCGCACUACAUCACGUUCGACGGGAGGAAGUACAACUUUAUGGGGAAGUGCAAGUACGUCAUGGUGCAACACCGUGAUUUCCGCGUGGCGGCGCGCAACGCGCAGCACAACAGCAACGCCAGGGUGUCCAUGGUGGAUGUGGUAGAGCUGAACCUGUACGGACACAAAGUAGAGAUUCUCCAGGGCCUUCUGGUCAAGGUUGACGGCGUUCUCCGGACCUUGCCGAUCUGUAUCGAGGGAAGGGUGUCCAUCCAGCUGAGCGGGAAGUAUGUAGUCAUCACCACAGACAUGUGCUUCAGCAUGGCGUUCGACGGAGACAACCGCCUGGUCAUCAACCUGCCGGACAUCUAUGGUGACGAGGUUGAGGGGAUGUGCGGUGACUACAACGGAAAUGGGGAUGACGACAACAAGAUGCCGGGCGGCGGCCUUGCAAGGGAUGCUCUGGAGCUCGGAAACUCCUGGGUCGCUCCGGACGAUACUAGCUGCCCUGCUAUCACCCCGGAGGAGACCUUUGACCUGACCGAGGCUGACCCCGCUCUAGUCCAGCAGUAUGAGGACGUGCAUCUCUGUGGACAGCUGACGGACAUCACGGGCGUCUUCCGGGACUGCAUCAAGGUGAUUGACCCUGAGGAGUAUUUCGGCGCAUGCGUGUACGACCUUGCGGCGAAUGGUGGAGACCAGACGAACCUGUGUCACAACCUGCAGGCCUACGCCGACGCAUGCGCAGCUGCGGGGCUGGAGCCGCCAAAGUGGCGAAGAGACGACCUCUGCCCGCUGAGGUGCCCACCCAACAGCGAGUACUCUUCCUGCAUGACUCCCUGCCCACGCACAUGCGCAGAGCCGAACGCUCCAGAGACCUGCAGGGGCGCAUGCGUGGAAGGGUGCCGGUGCGAGAUCGGUUACCUGCUGAGCGGAGACCGGUGCGUUCCCAUGAGCGACUGCGGCUGCGUCAGGGGAGGCAGCUACUACAAGCUUGAUGAGAAGUUUGUAUUGGGAGACGAGGAGUGCACCUGUCUGGCCGGGGAUGAGGUCAUGUGUGCCAAGAUCGCCUGUCCGCACGGACAAACAUGGACCCUGAAGAACGGACAUUGGUCCUGUCAGCCUGAUGUCAGCCCAGUUAUGGACGACAGUGCCGUUGCUCCCCAACAGGCACAGUGUGACUUCGCCUGCCCACGCAGCGAGGGAACGUGCAAGGCUUGGGGAGACCCUCACUACACCACGUUCGACAACCUGAAGUUCAACUUCAUGGGCGCCUGUACCUACACACUCGCACAGUACACACAGGGGCAGAGAGCCUUCCACGUGGCAGCUAAGAACGAACACCGUGGUAACAACGACAGGGUGACUUUUGUGGAGAAGGUUUAUGUUGAUGUUUACGGUCACCGCAUCACACUGGAGAAGGGACACAAAGUCUAUGUUGACGGUGUGAUGAGGAAUGUCCCCGUCUGUUUGCCAGAAGGCAUCACCAUUAAAAAGAGCGGCAGGUGGACCGUAUUGGAGACAAACUUCUGUCUGGAAGUCAAGUAUGACGGAGACAAGAAGGUGGAUGUGGGACUCCGCAACGCUAUGAUGAACCAGGUUAGCGGCUUGUGUGGCGACUUUAACGGCGAGAAGGACGACGACAAAGUCAAGAAAGACGGCAGCCUGACUACCAACAUUCGGGAGUUCGCCGAGAGCUGGGUCACGGAGGACGACCCCUACUGCCUUCCAGACGAAGUUGCCGCAGAAUUCGACCUAGCCCAAGCCGACCAAGCCCUUCUUCAGGACGUAGAAAGCGUGACCAACUGCGGAAGACUGACCGACACGGCCGGAAGCUUCGGGCAGUGCGCGCGGUCCGUGGAGCCGGCCGGGUUCUUCGACUCUUGUGUUUACGACAUGGCUGCGUUUGGAGGGGAGAGGGACAUGCUGUGUCAGAGCCUGCAGGCCUACGCCGACGCGUGUGCGGAGAACGGCAUCAUGGUGGCCACAUGGAGGAACGAGUCCUUCUGCCCCCUGAUGUGCCCGCCCAACAGCCGCUACACGCCCUGUUCCUCCGCCUGUCCCGCCACCUGCUCAGACAUGGACGCACCCCGACUCUGCCCGCACGCAUGCGUGGAAGGCUGCGAGUGCGAGGAAGGCUUCGUGCUGAGCGGACAGGACUGCGUUCCCGUCGAGCAGUGCGGCUGCACCAUGUUUGGGAACUAUUAUCAGCUUGGAGAAGAGUGGGGAGAGGAGGGAAACCGGCGGUGCAUCUGCGGGGAGAAUAACGAGAUCCAGUGCGCGGUGGUGGAGUGUGCUCCCGGGACCUCCUGGUACGUCCAGGACGGCAGGCUGGGCUGCCACGCAAUGUUGCCUGAGCCUAUGACAAAGUGCCCUGACGGCUGGCUGACGCAUGCCGGCUCCUGCUACAAGUACGUGGUGGGCGAGACCACCUGGCACGACGCGCGGCAGGACUGUCUGCAGAGCGGAGGCGACCUGGUCAGCAUCAACUCACAGGAGGAAUGGACCUGGGUGCUCGCCCAGAAGCCUGACGGGAAAUACUGGAUCGGUUUCCAUGACAACGGCAAGGAGGGUUCUUUCGAAUGGAGCGAUGGAAGCCCCGUGAUGGUCACAUACUGGGGUGCAGGUGAGCCUAAUGACCAGAUUGACGAAGACUGUACAGAGAUCAUCGGGGACACGUGGAACGACCAAAGCUGCACAGACACCAUCAACUACAUCUGUGAGAUCACUGUUGGUGAAGCCCUUGACGCCCGUGAGUGUCCGGACGGCUAUCACGAGUUUAACGCGCAGUGCUACAUGUUCUCCGCCAACAAGAUGGCGUACCACGACGCAGAGAAGAACUGUCUUGACCAGGGGGCGACUCUGGCUGUCAUCAAGGAUCAGUUCACCCACAACUACCUGGUGACUCACAUCCGGAACACGGUGGACGAAUCUCAUUGGUUCGGGCUGAAUGACAGACAGACGGAGGGAACGUGGGCGUGGCCUGAUGGUGGCGCACUCGGAGACUUCAACGUCUGGCACUCGAGGGAGCCUAACAGUGCAGGAGAUGAAGACUGUGGAGAACUGAGGAAGGUUUAUGCCUAUGACUGGAACGACUUGAGCUGCACAGCCCAGCAGCACUACAUCUGCCAACUCAAUGCUCCCACAGCUAUUGUCCACGUGCCGAGUGCUGAUGACGCUGCGCUGAUGACAGACCCACUGGAGGUGGCCAUGCACGACCUGUGUAUGGACGAACCACUCUGCCCCACAGAAGGAGUAGGGGAAUGCCGAGCGUGGGGCGACCCUCACUACAUCUCGUUUGACGGCAGGAGGACGGACUUCCAGGGCAUCUGCACCUACGUGCUGGCGGAGAGCACCACGGGAACGCACUUCCGCGUCUCCGCCAAGAACGAACAUCGCCACAACAACCGGGUGUCCUUCGUCAGCCGGGUGGACGUGGAGGUGUACGGGCACAAGGUGUCUUUGGAGAAGGGCAAGAAGGUUAAGGUUGACGGUAUCCAGCGCACCUUGCCAGUGUGCCUGGGCCGAGCUGUGGUGAAGCUGAGUGGCAACAACCUGGUCUUCUACACCGACUUCUGCCUCAAGGUCAUCUACAAUGGCAACGCACUGGUGGAUGUCAAGAUCCCGUCGAUAUUCAGCGGCCAGACGAAGGGUGUCUGCGGCAACUUUAACGGACAGCAAGACGACGACAGAGUCUCUCCCCUGGGCAUGGCCACCACAGGAGUGGUGGAGUUUGGGGAAAGCUGGAGGACCCAUGAUGAUCCCAGUUGUCCGUUGGCUCCAGAGCUACCAGAAGACCCUGCCCAUGUGAACCAGGCCCUUGUACAGGAGGUGGAGAGUGUCACUAACUGCGGACAACUCACUGACGGCAGGGGAAUGUUCGGCGCCUGCUUCUCAGUGGUGGAUCCAUCUAAUUACUUCGAUGCAUGCAAAUACGAUAUGUUGAUGUUCGACGGCAGCCAGGCUCUGAUGUGUGAAAACCUGGAGGCUUAUGCCGAGGCAUGCGCACAAGCAGGCAUCCCGAUCACUGGAUGGAGAACUGAGCACAUGUGUCCCCUGAUGUGCCCGCCCAACAGCCACUACAGUCCCUGCACCUCCGCCUGUCCCGCCAUGUGUACGGACCUCAAUGCGCCUGCGCGCUGUAACAGCCCCUGUCUGGAGGGGUGCGAGUGUGACGAGGGUUACGUCAUGAGUGGUGACGCAUGCGUACCAAAGGAUCAGUGUGGCUGCGUUCAUAACGGCAACUAUUAUGCUUUGGCUGAAGAGUGGGGAGAAGGUGACAACAGGAUGUGCAAGUGUCACCUCGGGAAUGAGGUACAGUGUAUCGAGGUGGCCUGCGCACAGAACGAGCACUGGGCAGUCGUGGACGGAGAACUGGCCUGCUACAACCUGGAGCCCCUGUGUAAGAGCAGGUUCACAGGCACCAGUAAACAGUACCGCUGGGACGUGGGCCGGCUGAACACCAACACCUUCACGUUUGAGGUGAAGGCCAGGGGAGACGCACAUCUGUCCCUCUCACCGGCUAACAGGGACAUGGACGAUGUUUACGAGAUCGUGCUUGGUAGCCAUGGCAACUCGCGGAACUCGAUCCGGCGGAGGGCGGACGGUGAGGACCUGGUUGUGCUGCAGGAGCAUGGCGUCGUCACGGCCCGGAGGUUUCGCAAGUUCUGGGUCUCCAUCGAGAACGGGCGCAUCGCUAUCGGAAGCUACAUGGGCCCCGCCUUCAUGGAAUGGACUGAUCCGAACCCUCUGGCUGCCAGGUAUGUGGGGUACACCACUGCAGAGGGCAACACCGGGGAGUGGCGCUUCUGUGAUAUGGACAACAGUGCGUUCCAGGCCGGUGACGAGGUGGUGGACCUGGUCGACCCUAUCGAGCCAAACGGGGAGAUUUUCCUGCCCCUGCCUGACGGUGUGCAGAGCGACGUGCCCAUGCUCACGCCUAACGACAUCCUGGCUGAGUCCAUGAACACCGUGGCCAUUGAACAGGCUACCUGUCACUCUGUGGGAGACCCUCACUACAGGACUUUCGACGGAAAGUACUACAGUUUCAGUGGGAACUGUUCCUACACUCUGGUGCAGAGUCUGAAGCUUGGUGAAGAUUUCAGCGUGGCGACUGACAACAGGAUGGGCUGUGCCCUCCUUGGUAACAUGGAUGAGGCCUGCACCAGGAGUGUUACUGUGCGUGUGAACGGGAACGAGCUGCGUCUGGGCCGGAACUACGUCGUCACGAUGAACGGUGACGCCAUCACCCUCCCCUACACCGGACACGGCUUCUACAUGGAGAAGAUCCCCAACUCUCAGUUCCAGAGGAUCUUCCUGGACAAUGGUUUUACCGUCCUGUGGGACUCCCUCACCCGUGUGUACGUCUCUGCACCCGAGUCCUACAUGGCGAAGACUGCUGGACUGUGUGGCACCUACACACUGAACCAAGAGGAUGACUUCCAGGAUCCAAACGGCCGUCUGCGUGGCUCAGUGGAGUCCUUCGUGCCCCACUGGAAGACUGACCCCGACUGUGUGGACUAACACCCUAACCCUGAACAAGACAAAACCAACUUCUGACACAGAUGGAACUCCCAUUGCUGUAGCCUUCUCUGUUGCUUUGCUUUAGUGCAAUUAAGUUAGAUUAUAUAAGUACAUAGACCUAUUUCUGCACUUCUAACAUUACUUACUUACUUACUUAGUCCUCUUUUAACAUUACAUACUUACUUAGUCCUCUUUUAACAUUACAUACUUACUUACU